UUCAGGUCGGCACUCCCAUUCCGUCGACACAACACAACCAACGACUCCCAUCCUGACCCCUCCUCCCCUCCGGUUUCGUUGCUCCCUCCCUCCUGUCCUCCCGCCCGGCCGCCGCCGCCUGAUCCGCCCAUACACCACGCCACGGCAGCUCCUCGUCACAUGGAAGCCGACGUCCCCAUUGCCACGGCUGCUCCCCAGGCACCGAGCGGGUGUUAGCCGUUAGCUGCACUCAGAGACACUGAUUUGGAGUUUUCAAAGUAUUGAGCUGCCUCUCCGUUUCGUCGCUUCAGUGCUUGUGAUCCAUAAAAAAGAGCUGACUUUUCCUCUAGGGCUUCGGAGAUUGCCAAGAUGAAGAGUAGAUUUCUCUUUCUUUGUGUCAUGGUCUGUCUAAUGGCUCAGCUGGGAGCUGCCAAUGUCGUGCUAAUGGGGAAUAAUCUGACCUUGUCGUUUGAUGACAUCGAGGCAAGCUUUGGAUUUAAAAUGCCAUUUCGAUUGGCUUGCAGCUCCAGGAGUGAAAGCGUCAGGAGUUAAUGGCAUAGUUUAUGCCGCCGAACCUUUAAAUGCCUGCAGCCCAUUAACAAUCAAUGCAGUUGAGGGCCUGCCGUCUCCUUUUGCGUUGGUUAUAAGAGGUGGAUGUGCAUUUGAUGAGAAAGUAAAAAAUGUGCAGGAUGCUGGAUUCAAAGCUGCAAUCGUAUAUGACAACGAAAAUAGUGGGGUUCUGGUUUCAAUGGCUGGAAGCUCAAGUGGUAUUCAUAUAUAUGCUGUGUUCGUAUCAAAGGCCUCAGGAGAGGUGUUGAAGAAGUUUUCAGGCCAUACUGAUGUAGAGGUGUGGAUACUACCUACAUUCGAGAACUCAGCCUGGGUGAUCAUGGCAAUCUCAUUCAUAUCGCUACUUGCCAUGUCUGCUGUAUUAGCUACAUGUUUCUUUGUGAGAAGACAUCGAAUAAGGAGGGACCACCCUAGAAAUCUGGAAGCUCGAGAAUUCCAUGGAAUGAGCAGUCAGUUAGUUAAGGCGAUGCCAAGUCUUAUUUUCACAAAAGUGCAAGAAGAUAACUGCACAUCGUCAAUGUGUGCCAUUUGCCUAGAAGACUACAGUUUUGGAGAGAAGCUUAGAGUGCUGCCCUGCCGUCACAAGUUCCAUGCAGCUUGUGUGGACUUGUGGCUGACUUCUUGGAGAACAUUCUGUCCUGUAUGCAAGCAAGAUGCAAGUAGUGGAGUAUCAGAACUUGCUGCUACAGAGGCCACCCCGUUACUUUCUUCUGCUGUUCGGUUACCUUCUCAGUCAUCUUCAUCCCGGUUGAGUGUGGCAGCAUCCCCUCCCAGACCAAUAAGCCGGCGUCCUUCGUCGCACUCGGUUUCUCGCGCUUACUCUGUUUCUAGUACCCCCCAGUCUCCCAACCCCUUUAGAUCUUACACAAACUCUCCUGGCAUCAGUACAAGCAGAAGCAACGCCGACCUUGCAAACAUGUCAUCUCCCCAUCCUCGCAUCUCACAUUUGUCGUCGACACACUCCCUUGUUGGCAGCCACUUGUCACCACCAAUCAGUAUAAGGUAUUCAUCGCCCCAUGUAUCCCAGUUUGGCCAUGGAUCACCUAGCGUACAUGUUGGUUCAUCCUAUAUGUCCAAUUCUUUGUAUGGAUCUUCGAGCUACUACUAUCUUGGAGCCUCCAGCCAGCAUGGAUCAUACCUAAGGCGGUGUGGGGAAUCAGGGCCAAGCCUGUCUACCAUGGUCCCUCAGUCACCACAGCAGUCCCAGCUGGGGCAUGGUGGUGAGUCGUCGGAGGCAAAUGUGACGGCAGGCGCAUCAUCAGCUCAGUCCUUGCAGCAAUCCUACCUGAGACACUGUGGCGAUUCAGAUGCCAGUUUGUCUGACAUGAUGUCAGCCCAGUCCUUGCCGGGAUGCUGAGGUUCUGGGAUGGCGCAAUCUGUGCAUACAUUGAGGCGUGUAACAUAGGUGAGAGAAGUAUGCAUAGAAGUUUUUUUGUUUUGUUUUGUUUUGGAGUAGCCAGUUUUCUUGUGCUUGUGUGCAUAACUGCAUAUUACAGGUAACAGGAAGAAUAUUUAUUUGUAUGUACUCCUGGUAGGGCGAAACAAUAAAGUUUGUUUGAGUGUAUAUCCGUCUCUUGUAUUGGGUGGCAUUGGUCAGGCCAAUGGCCAAUGCAUCAUGUUUAUGGGCACGCCUGUUUUGGGCUUU